GCGUGCUUUGUCUGAUGGGGACGGAGCGGUGUGGCUGAGUGAUGCGCGCAGUGGCACCGGAGCGAGCGCGUAAAAGUCACCGGCUGAGACGCACGAACUUGGAUCAACAUGGACACACCGUGACUGCGCUCCAGGACGAGGCGCGGGCUCCUUCUGAUCGUGUGACCUGACCCUCCUCCAUCAUGCCGGUCCUGGAGACAGAGAGCUCCAAAGACAAAGGAGGCGACAAUGCCCUUCCUAAGCUGCCGAUUCCAGAGCUGACAGACACUCUACACCUUUACCUCCGCUGUGUGAAGCACCUGCUCACAGACGAACAGUUCAACAAGACACAGACCAUAGUCCAACAGUUCAGCGCCCCCGGAGGAGUGGGGGAGCUACUGCAGCAAAAACUCAAGGAGAGAAGGGACAAGACCGACAACUGGGUGUACGAGUACUGGCUGAAUGACAUGUACCUGAACAACCGGUUGCCUCUGCCCGUGCACUCCAGCCCCGCCAUGGUGUUCCCCCCUCAGAACUUCAGAGGGCCCUCAGACUGCCUCAGGUUCGCAGCACAUUUGAUUUCUGGAGUGUUGGACUACAAGACACUACUUGAUGCCCGUGCCCUGCCUGUGGACUAUGCGCGGGGCCAGUUAGCGGGGCACCCUAUGUGCAUGGAGCAAUACUACCGCCUAUUCACCUCCUAUCGUCUACCGGGGCCUCAGAGGGACACACUAGUGGCCCAGGAGAGCAGCGUGAUGCCCGAACCAGAACAUAUCAUUGUGGCCUGCAAGAACCAGUUCUUUGUGUUGGAUGUUGUGAUAAACUUCCGUCGCCUGAAUGAGAGAGACCUGCUCACUCAGCUGGAGAGGAUCGUCAAGAUGGCCAACAGCGAGGACGAGCGCCUGCUCCCGAUCGGGCUACUCACCACAGACGGGCGAACUGAGUGGGCGGAGUCUCGUGCUGUGCUCAUGAGAGAAUCGACCAACAGGGACUCUCUGGACAUGAUCGAGCGCUGCAUGUGCCUGGUCUGCCUGGACGAUGCUAGCGGGCCAGAGAUUAGUGAUAGCACACGGGCUAUGCUAAUGCUACACGGGGGAGGUCCAAGCAAGAACGGGGGCAACCGCUGGUAUGACAAGCCCAUGCAGUUCAUCAUAGGAGCGGAUGGCUGCUGUGGGGUUGUGUGUGAGCAUUCUCCGUUUGAAGGGAUAGUACUGGUCCAGUGUACGGAACAUUUACUCAAAUACAUGAUUGGCAGUCCAUCUAAACUAGUGAGAGCCGCCAGUGUGAGCGAGCUUCCUGCACCGCGGAGGCUCCGAUGGAAAUGCACGCCGGAAAUCCAUAAGCUCUUAUCUGCAUCUACUGACAAGCUACAGAGGUUGGUGAAGAAUCUGGACAUGAACGUGUACAAAUUCUACAAGUACGGGAAGGAGUUUAUAAAGAAGCAGAAGAUGAGUCCUGACGCCUACAUCCAAGUGGCUCUGCAGUUAGCGUACUACAGGUGUCAUGGCCGACCCGUGUCCACCUACGAGAGCGCUUCCACCCGCCGCUUCCGAGAGGGACGAGUGGACAACAUCCGCUCGGCCACACCCCAAGCUCUGGCCUUUGUUGUAGCAAUGACUGAUGGGAAAUUGAGUUCAAGCGAGAAGAUGGAGUUGUUACAAGGCGCCAUAGCAGCACAAACAAAGUACACUAUUUUGGCGAUUACAGGGAUGGCCAUAGACAAUCACCUUCUGGGACUACGGGAAACAGCACACGAGCUGAAGCUGGAGACACCACAGAUUUUCACAGAUGAAGCCUACAUCCUCAGUAACCAGUUCAUUCUCUCCACCAGCCAGGUUCCUACGACAGUGGAGAUGUUCUGCUGCUACGGUCCAGUGGUGCCAAACGGCUACGGCGCAUGCUACAACCCUCAGUCCGACCACAUCAUCUUCUGCAUCUCCAGCUUCUACGACAGCCCCCAAACCUGCUCCGCCAACUUCUCCAAAGCUGUGGAGCAGGCCCUGGUGGACAUGAGGGACCUGUGCGACAUCUGCAAACCUACCUGCAACACCAGUGAGCAAAGACCAGGCAAACAGGGUCAGAGUGUGGAGAGCACACACCGAGCAGAGGAACCCAAGAACCAGGCCCCUCUGCCCAAAGUGGUGGUGAAGGCAGCAGAGCAGAGCCCAGCACAGGGAGGAGGGCGCUGAGGAGGGCCACUGACAGAUAGUACAAGUGCACUUACAUAAUGACACAGUGACAGUGUUCUAUGUGAAUAAUCUGUGGAACUUACAUUGUGCAGUAAGUAGUAAAAGUACUUUCAAGUUUGGAUCAACUAAAUGUUAAUAAACAGAAUAAAUAAAGGUAUAUGUAGAUUCAGUUAAAGAAAUUCUAAAAGCAUUAUAGCCUAUAUAUGAAAAAAUGUACUGUUAAAGUCAGAGUAGCUGUAUUCAAACAUGCUGUAAAUUAUUAAAUAUCAUGUAGAUUACUGUGAGGUUAAAGCAGGUUUAUUAAGAAGAGAUACAGUAUUUUAUUCCUGAGACCACUAAACUGUAUUUAGCCUAAUGAUGAGUGCAUGUGGCUGUCAUAUUUAUAUUUAUGUGGAACUAUACGUUCUAUGCAAUUUGUUUGUUUUGUACAGUUUGUUUAUGUGCAAUAAUAAUAAUGUUAAUAUUGAGUUGGAAAAACUCCAAUGACUGAGACAGAUACUGUGGUUAUAAACAGGGAACUACCCCCUGUCUGACAAUGAUGUGCUAGAAAGUAUCAAAGUAGGCCUGUGUAAGCCUACAACUAUGUGUUAGAUGUGCAACAAUCAAAGUGUAUUUAUUUUGCAAUACAAGAGUGACAAUAUGAGAGGCUGUACUGUAGCCUAUAUGAUAAAAGUACAAUGUGUACAUACUCAGAGCAGAG